GGCAAAAAGAGGGAAACGCGAGCACUUAGGCAAAGGGAAACUUGCCGGCUGCUUGGGAACUGUGGAUGGGAUUCCGCUUUCGCCGGACGUUCUCUUGUUUCUCGCUGGAUGGAUAAUGGAAUUCUAAACAUGAGGCAGAUAGCUGAUCAGCUUCCCUGGAUUUCGCUAACGACACAGGAAAGCUUCGCCUGAAGAUGGAAACACUGGAGUCGGAACUGACCUGCCCUAUCUGUCUGGAGCUGUUUGAGGAUCCGCUGCUGCUGCCUUGUGCUCACAGCCUCUGUUUCAACUGUGCACAUCGCAUCUUGGUCUCCCACUGUGCCACCAACGAAUCAGUGGAGUCUAUCACCGCCUUCCAGUGCCCUACUUGUCGUUAUGUCAUCACCCUCAACCAACGAGGUCUAGACGGACUCAAGCGCAACGUCACGCUGCAGAAUAUUAUCGACAGGUUUCAGAAAGCUUCAGUGAGUGGGCCCAAUUCUCCUAGCGAAACUCGCCGAGAGCGGGCUUUUGAUAGCAAUAGCAUGUCCUCCAGUGAGAAAGUUCUCUGCCAGUUCUGUGACCAGGAUCCUGCUCAGGAAGCAGUGAAGACCUGUGUAACUUGUGAGGUAUCCUACUGUGAGGAAUGCCUAAAAGCAACUCAUCCAAACAAGAAGCCAUUUACUGGACAUCGUUUAAUCGAGCCUAUUCCAGACUCACAUAUUAGAGGAUUAAUGUGUCUGGAACACGAGGAUGAGAAAGUUAACAUGUAUUGUGUGACUGAUGACCAGUUAAUCUGUGCCUUGUGUAAACUGGUUGGGAGGCAUCGGGAUCACCAGGUGGCUGCCUUAAGUGAACGCUAUGACAAAUUAAAGCAAAAUUUGGAAAGCAAUCUCACCAACCUUAUCAAGAGAAAUACUGAACUGGAAACACUUUUGGCUAAAUUAAUUCAAACUUGCCAACAUGUUGAGGUGAAUGCGUCCCGACAAGAAACAAAGCUGAUGGAAGAAUGUGAUCUGCUUAUUGAAAUAAUCCAACAACGACGUCAGAUAAUUGGGACCAAAAUCAAGGAAGGGAAGGUGGUGAGACUGAGAAAACUGGCCCAACAAAUAGCUAACUGCAAGCAAUGUAUUGAGCGUUCCACCUCUCUGAUCUCACAAGCCGAGCAGUCUCUGAAGGAGAAUGAUCAUGCACGCUUCCUGCAGUCUGCUAAAAACAUAACAGAAAGAGUCGCCAUGGCAACUGCAUCCUCCCAGGUUCUAAUUCCUGAAAUUAAUCUUAAUGAUACGUUUGACACCUUUGCUCUAGAUUUUACCAGAGAAAAGAAACUACUGGAAUGCCUUGAUUAUCUAACAGCUCCAAAUCCUCCAACAAUUAGAGAAGAGCUCUGUACAGCUUCUUAUGACACAAUCACAGUACACUGGACUUCAGAUGACGAAUUCAGUGUGGUUUCCUAUGAACUGCAAUAUACCAUCUUCACUGGUCAAGCCAACGUAGUUAGUCUGUGUAAUUCAGCCGACAGCUGGAUGAUUGUUCCAAAUAUUAAACAAAACCACUACACGGUGCACGGGCUGCAGAGUGGCACCAAGUACAUCUUUGUUGUGAAGGCCAUUAAUCAGGCUGGCAGCCGAAACAGUGAGCCUGGGAAACUAAAGACAAAUAGCCAGCCAUUCAAACUGGAUCCCAAGUCUGCUCACAGAAAACUAAAGGUAUCUCAUGACAAUUUGACAGUGGAGCGUGAUGAAACCUCUUCUAAAAAGAGCCACACACCUGAGCGUUUUACCAGCCAAGGGAGCUAUGGAGUUGCUGGCAAUGUGUUUAUUGACAGUGGACGGCAUUACUGGGAAGUGGUUAUAAGUGGGAGUACAUGGUAUGCAAUUGGUAUUUCUUAUAAGUCAGCACCAAAACAUGAGUGGAUUGGAAAGAAUUCUGCCUCUUGGGUUAUUUGUCGUUGUAAUAAUACAUGGGUUGUAAGGCACAACAGCAAAGAAAUUCCAAUAGAGCCUGCACCCCAUCUUCGCCGUGUCGGCAUUUUGUUGGACUACGACAAUGGUUCCUUGGCCUUUUAUGAUGCUUUGAACUCUCUACACCUUUACACUUUUGACAUUACAUUUGCACAGCCUGUGUGUCCAACGUUCACUGUCUGGAAUAAGUGUUUGACAAUUAUAACGGGCCUUCCUAUCCCAGACCAUUUAGAAUCUACUGAGCAGAUGCCCUGAUCGUUGCUGAAGAGAAAUGGGUGGUUGAAUGACCAAUGGACCUCACAUACAAGUCUCGCUGAAACUUGACUGGGAGAGGGGGGAAAAAAGAAAUACUUUGAUACAAACAUAUCCCUCAUGCUUCAAGCCAGGACUGAUAAUGGGAUUGUCUCUUCAAUCUUUACUGUUUGUUUUGUAUUAAAAGCAAGAUAUGGCUUUAAUAAUUUCUCAAAAUGUUUUUGUAUUUAGUCUCUUACAGGAAAAUUUAUUAAUUAUUUAUAAAAAGAAAAGAAACCCUGAUUUGGAUCUUUGCAUUUAGACACUUCAUAAGAAUUACUUGUUUUUGCACAUGAAGGGCUCUGUCACAAAGAUUUUAUUAGCUGUUGGCCAUGUUUUGAUUUUAUAAUAGAGAAAGCAAACUGGAAUUCUUUGAAAGGAGAAUGCAGCACUAAUGCUUCAAUUUCCUUCCCUUUUUCACUUCUUCAACUUUUGCAUUCAGGAAUGUACACAUACAAAAUAAAGAAACAAUUAAAACAUAAAGUUUAACCCAAUAGCAAACGUAAGAAGAACUGUGAAUAACUGCUGUUCACAAGUAUUGACCUCACACACCAAGAAAUGGUUUUUCAGAAAUGUCAAUGGCUAAAUCACCUAGUGGUCAGUUGGUCAAUUUUAUUGAUACCAGUUUUCCUGUCUACUGAUGGGUCACUUGUAAGGAUAUGUGUUUGAUAUUUUCUUCUCAGAAAGUCAUCAGUACUGCAACAGAUCAGGCAAGAUAGGUUUGAUUGAGUUUAUGUAUAAGUACCUCCGAUGGUACUUCAGAGGAAAUCGGUGAUAACUCUGCAGGUAGAAAUGUGGGUUCUCAUCUUUUAAAAGGUACACACAGCACCCACGCUUACAGUGUUAGAGGUGGGCUACGUACAACUAAUUUUAAACGUAAUGUGAGCAUCUUGUUAUAUUAUGUUAUACUGUAUCAAUAAAAAUAGCCAAGGCAUUCGUUUUGUAAACAAACAAAAGGCUGCACUUCAGUGUAUCAUUGUGUUGGGUAUUGAAGAGCACAAUUUACUGGAAUAGCCUCCAUUGUGAACCACGCUGA